UGGUUGUAAGGCGUACUGUAAGCGAAACGUUCGCGGAACUGCAGGAAAGAGAGCUGCGUACGUCAAACGGUCUGAAACGGGCCUGACUAUUUUCUGGAUUCUUGUCCUCUGUGCUGCUGUUUGAAAUGGAUACAGAGACGUAUCCCCGAUCUUCAAUCGAAGAUGAUUUUAACUAUGGUAGUAACGUGGCUAGUGCCAGUGUGCACAUCCGAAUGGAUUUCCUGCGUAAGGUUUACACCAUCCUGUCCAUCCAGAUCAUCCUGACUACAGCAACAGCAGCACUCUUCAUGUACAGUGAUGCCAUCAAGAACUUUGUACACGCAAGUCCUGCUCUGCUGCUGGUGUCCGCAAUUGGCUCUCUGGGUCUCAUCUUUGCCUUGGCCAUCUACAGACAUCAGCACCCUAUCAACCUCUACCUGCUGCUGGGCUUUACACUGUUGGAGGCUGUCUCUGUUGCAACAGCAGUGACGUUCUAUGAGUACACUGUGGUGCUCCAGGCCUUCUGCCUUACAGCUGCAGUAUUUAUAGGAUUGACAGCUUACACUUUCCAGUCAAAGAGGGACUUCAGUAAAUUGGGAGCUGGGUUGUUUACUUGCCUAUGGAUUCUGAUCAUUGCAAGCUUUAUGAAGCUGUUUCUGCACAGCGAGACAGUGGAGCUGGUGUUUGCUGGAAUGGGAGCCCUGCUGUUUUGUGGCUUCAUCGUUUACGACACCCACCUGCUUAUGCACAAGCUGUCCCCUGAGGAGCACAUACUGGCCUCCAUCAACCUGUACCUGGACAUUCUCAACCUCUUCCUGCACAUCCUACGCAUCUUAGACUCCAUGAAGAAGAACUGAGGCCUGUGGAGACAUGUCCAUGCCCAUGUUGUCACAGCUGUGGUGUGUUUGUAGACGUCUGACCAAGUUAGGGAACCGUCGCUCUCCUUCAGUGUACUGGUGCAGCACAAAUCCAGGGUCAGUGGGGAAAGCUGGGUGUUUGUGUGUGGCUGAAUUUUGUUCUCGUUUUGUAUGCAUGUCCAACUUCUGUGGACCCAUUAAUUUCCCUAAAUUAUUUUCUGACCAUUGAUUAGUCCUUAGAAGUGUCCUGUAAUGUGAUGUGAGUCGCCACCUGCUUAAACGUAAUAUUUAGAAUUUGUCCCUUUAAAUACCAUAUAACCUAGAAGAUUUCAAUUCAAUAGAAUUGACCCUGACGUGUAAACAAGUGAGCAAAGGAAUUAACAGAUACAUAUCAUUAAGACCUUUCUUCUUAGCAGUACCCGGUAGUGAAAUAACAAGAAGAGUUGUAAAAUGGGAAAUGGCAGAGAAUUCAAACUUGUAUUUGCAACAUAAUUAAAUGUAUAUAUUAUAUUGCAUAAUUAUGUAAGUGUAUAAAUCACUUAAUUAUGGUGUUCUCCCAAUUAUGAGCUGACUCUGCUCAUAAAUAAGGACCAGAAGGUUUGGGUGUAUGGGUAGGGGUGUAAUAAGAUAAUAUUGGCGUACAGUUAGACUGAAUUUUAUGAAUGUUGUAAGGUUGUAUUAUAAUUAAUGUGAUAAAUGGCAAAUAUGGGACAAUUUAAUAUUAUUGGGACUUUGUUGAUUAAAAUAUUAUAAAUGCUGUAAAAAAGGUACUAGAAGAAUGCUUCAUUUUGUGUGUUUUAAAUGACCAAUAAUGUAUGUAUUAUGUCUGUGAAUGCAAAUAGGCCAUGCAGUAGGUGAAUAAUAAAAUGUGAUGUCUGCAGAUUUAUUUUCCAUCAUUCCACUUCUAAGGGUUUAGCUCAUCACUUUGAUUUGAUGUUUUUGGGAAAAACCGUCAUGAAGUGGUUUAAUUAUGUUCUAUUAAUUACUCAUUUCGCCUUGCUUUAGUUGAGAUGUUAAUGAUCAUGGCUCGCUGUUGUAUUACCUGAUCAACUGUUAUAACAAGUCUGCCAUAAUCCAGUAUAAUAAAUGUGUAGUUUGGCAAUAUAA